GGGGGCCGGCGCGGGCCGAGAAAUGGCGGCGCCGGAUCCCGGGCGUUGGGGCGAGUGUGGACCGCGGCCGCCCGGUCGGCUGGGCGCCCGGGGCGGACAGGAGCCAGGGACCGUGCUGGGUGCGGUGGGCAUGAUGGACCUAGCCUAUGUGUGCGAAUGGGAGAAGUGGGCCAAGAGCACGUACUGCCCGUCGCUGCCCCUGGCCUGCGCCUGGUCCUGCAGGAACCUCAUUGCCUUCACCACAGACCUACGCAAUGAUGACCAGGACCUCACACACAUGAUUCAUAUCCUUGACACAGAACAUCCCUGGGAAGUGCACUCUGUCAGCUCUGGCCACAGUGAGGCCAUCACCUGCCUGGAAUGGGACCAGUCAGGGUCCCGGCUCCUGUCUGCCGAUGCUGACGGGCAGAUCAAAUGUUGGAGCAUGGCUGACCACCUGGCCAACAGCUGGGAGAGCUCCGUGGGCAGCCAGGUGGAAGGGGACCCCAUCGUGGCUCUGUCCUGGCUGCAUAACGGGGUGAAACUGGCACUGCACGUAGAGAAGUCUGGUGCCUCCAGCUUCGGAGAAAAGUUCUCCCGGGUGAAAUUCUCCCCGUCUCUCACGCUGUUUGGUGGCAAGCCGAUGGAGGGUUGGAUUGCGGUGACAGUCAGCGGCCUGGUCACUGUGUCCCUCCUGAAGCCCAGCGGGCAGGUGCUGACGUCCACGGAGAGCCUGUGCCGGCUGCGUGGCCGAGUGGCACUGGCCGACAUCGCCUUCACAGGCGGUGGGAACAUCGUUGUGGCCGCUGCGGACGGCAGCAGUGCAUCGCCCGUGAAGUUCUACAAGGUGUGCGUGAGCGUGGUGAGCGAGAAGUGCCGCAUCGACACGGAGAUCCUGCCCUCGCUGUUUAUGCGCUGCACCACCGACCCCAACCGCAAGGACCGGUUCCCUGCCAUCACACACCUCAAGUUCCUGGCGAGAGACAUGUCUGAGCAGGUGCUCCUGUGUGCAUCCAGCCAGACCAGCAGCCUGGUGGAGUGCUGGUCCCUUCGGAAAGAGGGCCUUCCUGUGAACAACAUCUUCCAGCAGAUCUCGCCUGUGGUUGGUGACAAACAGCCCAUGAUCCUCAAGUGGCGGAUCCUGUCAGCCACCAACGACCUGGACCGUGUAUCAGCUGUGGCACUGCCGAAACUGCCCAUCUCACUCACCAACACUGACCUCAAGGUGGCCAGUGACACCCAGUUCUAUCCAGGCCUUGGCUUGGCGCUGGCCUUCCAGGACGGCAGCGUGCACAUGGUGCAUCGGCUAUCCCUUCAGACCAUGGCUGUAUUCUACAGCUCGGCCCCACGCUCUCUGGAUGAGCCUGCCCUGAAGCGCCCACGCACCACAGGCCCCGCCGUACACUUCAAGGCCAUGCAGCUGUCCUGGACUUCGCUGGCCCUGGUGGGCAUCGAUAACCACGGGAAGCUCAGCAUGCUGCGCAUCUCUCCGUCCCUGGGCCACGCGCUGGAGCCCAAGCUAGCCCUGCAGCACCUGCUGUUCCUGCUGGAGUACUGCAUGGUGACCGGCUACGACUGGUGGGACAUCCUGCUCCACGUGCAGCCAGGCAUGGUGCAGAGCCUGGUGGAGCGGCUGCACGAGGAGUACACACGCCAGAAGCCUGCCCUACAACAGGUCCUCUCCACCCGGAUCUUGGCCAUGAAGGCCUCGCUGUGCAAGCUGUCACCCUGCACCGUGGCUCGUGUGUGUGACUACCACACCAAGCUGUUCCUCAUGGCUAUCACAUCCACUCUCAAGUCGCUGCUGCGCCCACACUUCCUCAACACCCCUGACAAGAGCCCUGGAGACCGCCUGGCCGAGAUCUGUGCCAAGAUCACUGAUGUUGACAUCGACAAAGUCAUGAUCAACCUGAAGACAGAAGAGUUUGUCCUAGACAUGAACACUUUGCAGGCGCUGCAGCAGUUGCUACAAUGGGUGGGAGACUUCGUGCUCUACCUCCUGGUCAGCCUGCCCAACCAGGGUGCUGAGCACAGUUCUGGCCUCCCCGACUCUGCCAGCCAUGGCCCUGUGCUGAGGUCACAUGUGUCCCCUGACUUCACCAAGGGCUCCGCACUGAGGCCGGGCCACAGCUUCCUCCGGGAUGGUGCCUCACUGGGUAUGCUGCGGGAAUUGAUGGUUGUCAUCCGAAUAUGGGGCCUACUGAAGCCCAGUUGCCUGCCCGUCUAUACAGCCACCUCAGACACCCAGGACAGCAUGUCCCUGCUCUUCCGGCUGCUCACCAAGCUGUGGAUUUGCUGCCGUGACGAGGGCCCAGCCAGUGAGCCCGAUGAGGGCUUGGUGGACGAAUGCUGCCUGCUGCCCAGCCAGCUGCUGGUCCCCAGCCUGGACUGGCUUCCUGCCAGUGACGGCCUGGUCAGUCGCCUGCAGCCCAAACAGCCCUUGCGCCUGCGCUUCGGCAGGGCACCCACCCUGCCCAGCAGCACCUCCACCCUGCAGCUGGACGGCCUCACCAGGGCCCCUGGGCAGCCCAAGAUCGACCACCUUCGGAGGCUACACCUGGGUGCCUACCCCACGGAAGAGUGCAAAGCCUGCACCAGGUGUGGCUGUGUCACCAUGCUGAAGUCACCCAACAAGACAACUGCUGUGAAACAGUGGGAACAGCGGUGGAUCAAGAAUUGCCUGUGUGGUGGGCUGUGGCGGAGAGUGCCUCUCAGCUGUUCCUGAGCCACAGUCUGCGUAUGUACAGCCACUCUCUGAACAGAUGCAGGGGACUGUCUGUGAUGAAACAUUGACAUCCCCACUGGGGCACUGGCACCGGCAGCAGCCUGGGUCUGCCCCUUCUCGGGGCGUGUGCGUCUCCAGUCCCAUGGUUUUAUCCAGCCCAGCUUGAAGGAGCUGGGCCGCUCUGUGUUCAUCCUUUAAAACACCACAGCCCAUAUGCCCCUGUCCUGGUUGGGGUGUCUGCCUCAGUUUCCCUUUGGGACCUAUGGGAGGGGAAGACUAGCCCAAUAAAGUUCUCUUGUACCCCAGG